AGAAAGAAAUAUAGUGUGUGGAGGAGCAUUUACGUUUGCCAAAGGAAAAAGGUGCAACUGUAAGCAAUAUAGCGUAAAAGAUUUUUAAGAGUCUUAAUUACAAUAUAGUGCACUGAAAUGGGGGCUCCUUUAUCAACAUGGCCAUGGGAGAACCUUGGAAUGUACAAGUAUCUAUUAUAUGGGCCGUUUGUGGCGAAAGUCGUGUAUGAAUGGUUCUACAACGAGGAACACUCCUACUACAAUCUCAGCUGGUGCCUUCAUUUGCUCAUACUAAGUGGUCUCAGAGGUCUAAUUCAUGUCCUUUGGGGUUCUUAUAGCCACAUGCUUUUUCUCACCAGAAAUCGACGGAUUCUUCAACAGGGUGUUGAUUUCAAGCAGAUUGACAAAGAAUGGGACUGGGACAAUUUCUUGAUUCUUCAAACACUAGUUGCCUCCAUGGCCUGCUAUAUGUUUCCCUUUCUUCAGCAUCUUCCUAUCUGGAAUAUAAAAGGUCUUUUCUUUACUUUGAUUCUCCAUGUGGGAGUCUCCGAGCCACUUUUUUAUUGGGUGCACAAGAAGUUCCAUGGAGACUAUCUUUUCACCCACUAUCAUUCACUACACCAUUCAUCACCAGUACCAGAAUCUUUUACCGCCGGACAUGCAACACUCUUAGAGCAUCUUAUUCUGACGGUAGUCAUUGGAAUCCCUAUCCUUGGGACUUCUGUGAUGGGAUAUGGAUCAGCAAGCUUGACAUAUGUUUAUGUUUUGAUUUUUGACUUCCUGAGAUGCUUGGGCCACGGCAAUGUUGAAAUCUUUCCUCAUCAGUUGUUCGAGAAAUUCCAAUUUCUUAGAUAUGUGAUAUACACACCAACAUAUCACAGCCUGCACCACUCUGACAAGGACACUAAUUUCUGCCUCUUUAUGCCUCUCUUUGACGCACUGGGCGGUACCCUCAACAAAAAAUCAUGGCAAACACACAAAACAUCAAGUUCAGGUUCAGGAAACGUUGACAGGGUACCCCACUUUGUUUUCCUGGCUCAUAUUGUUGAUGUGUCAUCCUCUAUGCAUGUUCAAUUCGUCCUGAGAUCCUUUGCUUCGUUGCCAUACACAACAAGGCUCUUCUUGGUCAUUGGCUGGCCCGUUGCUUUUCUAGUUUUGCUAGCAAUGUGGGUUUGGUCCAAGACCUUUUUAGUUAGUUUCUACAAUCUGAGAGGAAGAUUGCACCAAACAUGGGUCGUACCUCGAUGUGGCUUUCAGUAUUUCUUGCCAUUUGCUACUGACGGGAUCAAUAAGCAAAUUGAGCUAGCCAUCCUAAGGGCCGAUAAAAUUGGGGUUAAAGUCAUUAGCCUUGCUGCAUUGAAUAAGAAUGAAUCGCUAAACGGGGGUGGAAAGCUUUUUGUGGACAAGCACCCAAACCUUAGGGUUCGAGUUGUUCAUGGGAACACGUUAACCGCUGCUGUUAUACUUAAUGAAAUCCAUCAAGAUGUGAAAGAGGUGUUCCUAACAGGAGCUACUUCCAAGCUCGGAAGAGCAAUUGCUCUUUACCUUUGCCAAAAGAAAGUCAAAGUUCUGAUGUUAACUCUUUCAACAGAUAGAUUUCAGAGGAUCCAAAAGGAAGCUCCUCUGGAAUAUCAGAGCUAUCUUGUCCAAGUGACAAAAUACCAAGCUGCACAAAACUGCAAGACCUGGAUAGUUGGUAAGUGGAUUACGCCAAGAGAACAAUAUUGGGCCCCACGUGGAACCCAUUUUCAUCAAUUUGUUGUCCCACCCAUUUUAUCAUUCAGAAGAGAUUGCACUUACGGUGAUCUGGCUGCCAUGAGAUUGCCAGAAGACGUGGAAGGACUUGGUUGCUGUGAGUACACAAUGGAUAGAGGAGUCGUUCAUGCCUGUCAUGCGGGGGGAGUGGUACACAGCCUUGAAGGUUGGUCUCAUCACGAAGUUGGGGCCAUAGAUGUUAACAGAAUUGAUCUUGUGUGGGAAGCAGCACUCAAACAUGGCUUAAGACCAGUGUCAAGAUUCACACAGUAAAAGAAAUUUAAACUCUUCAGUCAAAAAGUGUUUUUCUCAAGUUGUUUUCUUCUUCUUUUGUUGUAUUAUUUGAACAUCACACUCGCCAUAACUGUGGUUAUAUUCUUUGAACUGGCUGUAUAACAUUUCUGAUGUUUCUUCGAUGUUAAAAUCCAUCACAUUCAGUGAUUAAUUCAUGGCAUAAAUUAAGCCAAAAACCAA